UUGGAACGUUCAUACGGCGUCUGACCAUAAAAACCAUAUAUAAAUAAAAUAAGCGUAUUUGCAGUUUAUUAUUGUUGUGUUGUUCCAUACGCUCAUCGGCUGUCGCAAUUAUGGUGGAAUUCCGUUUCGAUAUUAAGCCGCUGUUUCCGCAGCCAAUUAUCAAAGUGGCAUCCAAUCUAUUGCCGCACACCUUUCGAGGUGAUCGGCGUCAGUGCUUAGAUGCCACCUCAAAGAUGUCCGAGAUAAUUGAUCGAUUAGGUCAGUUGUCGGCCAUAUCGCAGGGCUUGAACAAGCCAGUGACAACGGCUCAACGCCUGCGUAUGUCGGAGAACCAGACCAUAUAUCUGUUGGCGGACACUGAAGCAGGCCCCAAUGGCGCUGUCAUUGGUCUGCUCAAGGUUGGCACCAAGGACCUCUACUUGUUCGACGAGAAGGGCCAGACUCGCAAGAUGGAGCAGUCACCCUCAAUCUUGGACUUUUACGUACAUGAGUCGCGUCAGCGUGCGGGAUUAGGCAAGCGUCUGUUCGAGACCAUGUUGAAUGAGGAACAAUGGACGCCACUUAAGUGCUCCGUAGAUCGGCCGUCCGAGAAGUUGCUCGCAUUUCUAAGCAAGCACUACGGCCUGGUACGCACCAUACCACAGGCGAAUAAUUUCGUACUCUACGAGGGCUUCUUCAGCGAUGGAGCUAGUCAGAAGGGCUCACGGAACGGACAUGCCGAAUCGCCGGAGCGCACCAAGAAUGGACUGCACAUAACAAACAGUCCUAACACACAUCUCUUUGGGGCCACUUACCUGGGCGAUGAUACCACUAAACAGAAGCGUUUCGGUAGGCGUGGCAGCGAUUCACAGCAACAACAACAGCAACAGCAUCAGCAGCAGCAGGCGGCACUGCUGCAGCAAAUAACACAGAUCUCACCCAAUGGACGUUAUGGCGCUCCGCGACCCACAUGCAGCAUGGCCGAGAUAAUUCAUGCUGGCAGCGCAAGUUCCGGCAAGGGCAGCGGUGGAGGCAGCGCAGAGUCUAACAGAGGCAACGAGAUUGCAGAAAUUGCCGCACAAUUGCAGUUGCAGCAUUUGCAGACGGUCGAAAAUGUUAUCGAAUACGAAUUGGAACAGGAGCCAGAGCCAGAGCCAGAGCCGGAACCUCAACCUGAGCCUGAGCCUGAGGAGGUGAUUACUCCACCAACACCACUUCCCAAGAGUUACACCCCAACGCCACCUCCCGUGCGUUCGCCAGAGGCGGCUGAGAGCAUUAUCGGGGAUAAUCGUAAGCCACCAGCUUUUCAGCUGAGCAAGCAACACACUGGUAUGAAGAAUCGCUCUUUUGGCGUGGGCAUGGCGGUUAUGCCUAGCGGCAAGAUGGAAUUCAAUCAAGAGGAGCGCGAAGAUUUUGGUGUAGUAAAGAUCAAUCGCCCGCUGGGCAAUGACAUCGCCUCGCCCGUCCAGGACAACACAGAUGCCAUGUCCACGGUGUCGUCAACUGGCGGCUUGACCGAUCAGGGCUAUAACGAUCUAAAAUUCUAUCACAAUAAAUUGUGGUAAAGUCAUCUACACAAGAUAUCAGCAUAAAUUUGCGAGCAAUAUUUGCUAAUAUGUUUACAUUUUUUGUACGUGUCAUAAAAACAUAAAAUAUGCAUACCAAUGAAUAAGCAACUAGCAUUUAAGAUAUAAUUAUUAACAAAUCCUAGAGACAGACGCAAACGGUUCCUUCUUGUUUUAGUUCAUUUUUGUUGUUCGCUUGUAAUGUUUUUUAGUUCUCUGUUAAUUAGUUCAUUUGUUACACCCUCGCACUUAACAGCGCAGUUAAAUGUUAGUUCAGCAACAAUAACAGUCUGUAGUUCAAUUUAGUUAACAGUCACAUAAAUACCAUAUAACAUAUUAGCGAAUACUUUUGAUAAUCACAAACUGUGCGUAUCUUCCAUUGCAGCAAUCGCGAUUAUUACGAGCAGCUCUAUAGCGAAUAUAUACUAUAAGUGGCCCAAACAUACUUAAAAUAUCAUUCUUGAACCAACUUAACAUGUACUCUGUAAUAUUUAGUUAAGUAAACGCAAU